GCCGGGGAAGAAAAGACAACUUGUUUUUAGUAUAAAUAUUCUCUGGUUCAGCGAUCAAGGCAUCAGUCCCGUUCCAGCAAUCCAGUUGCUUGAGUUCACAGCUCCAAACCAGUAUCAGCUCCGAGAUGUUCAAAAUAAUCGCCCUGUUUGUUUGUUUGGCUGUUGCGGCGUCAGCCUUUGAAGACUAUCACAGCCAUCCCAAGUACAAGUUUGAGUAUGGAGUAAAGGACAGCCACACCCAUGACCACAAGAGCCAGUGGGAAAGUCGGGAUGGGGAUCACGUCAAAGGACAGUACACCCUGGAUGAAGCCGAUGGCACCCACCGCGUUGUGGAUUACACCUCUGACCAUCAUGGCGGAUUCCAGCCGCAUGUUCAGCGCAAUGGCCACGCUCAUCAUCCCCACGGCGAAAGCUAUGCUAACAUCCACCAGCACUACUGAUCAUCGAAAUCUUACGCCAAAGAACUAGAACGAUUCCUAAAAAUAAAAAACAACAUCCUAUGUGAACCU